AUGCCUGUAGUAAAGAAAGGGCCCCGGCAUCAUCCUUCCCUCCUCGGAAUCCCCAAGAAAAUCCAGCUCAAAAUCAUCAAGAAACUCGACUUCACAUCAAAGAUCGCGCUCCAAAGAACCAACUACCACUUCGCCAAUAUCAUCAGUGAAGACCCUCCCAAGACACGCGCAGAGAAAGCCGAAUUCAUUAGAGGAUACGAGCUCUGGGCUGAAAACAAUAGUCGAUUCGGCUGCUACGAAUGCCUGAAACUCAAGGCCGCCACAAAGUUCGCCGACGACCAAGUCACUGGCAUGCGCGCCAAAGGUCGAGCCGAGGGCACCCAGCGCUUGUGCGUCCCAUGCGGCCUGAAAAAGGAUAUAUACAACUACAUUGAGCCCGUCAUAGUCUGCCAGAAACCGCACUAUGCCUGCCUUGACUGCGGCAGGCUUCAGGCAUAUGGACUGCGCUGCAUGUACUGCAACUCGUGCAAUCGGUACUGUGUUGCCGUCGAGACGCCGGGGCGACGCAAUGUGCAGUGUACCCAUUGCAAGAGGCGAGGCGCAUUAACGGACUUGGGACAGGAGCCGGUAGAGUGCGCAUGCUAA